AUGGCUGAUAGGCUACUGGAAAAGGCCAGGCCAGAAUUAAGAACAGCUCUGGCACCCUUGGAGAUUAAUGAUUUUGAAAAAAUGUGCACCAAAUUGCGAAUCAUUGCUAGAAGAAUGAGAGAAGAAGAAGCUGAGAAGAGAAAAGAAUCUUAUACAAGGUCCGUUCCAUUCAUGAGACCAACAGGAGGAAUUGGUAAGAAGAAUACUUACAGCUUCAAUAACUCCAAGAAGCGAUUUAAUCAGCCCUCAAGGAAUCAAUCUGGUGGACCUUCGAGGAGUCAAUUCAGUGGACCCAUGAGGAGUCAAUUCAGUGGACCUCCAAAGAGUCAGGUCAGUGGGGGACAGAGCUCUUACAAGGGUUCUACAGCUCCUAUCACUAGCACUGCCAAUAGUCAAAAGUGUGCCAAGUGUGGAAAAGUGCAUCAAGGAAAUUGUAGUAUCUGCUUCAAGUGCGGGAAACUAGGCCACAUUUUUAGAUUCUGUGAGGAAGGCUCGCAAGGGGUCAAUGAUACUAGAGCUGCCGUCCCAGGAAGAGUGUUCGCUCUAUCUCAACAAGAAGUUGAUGCUGCCCCUAAUUUGAUUAAAUGUAUUCUCAAACUCCAAGGCUUUGAAACUCAAGCUUUAUUUGAUUCUGGUGCAACACACUCAUUUAUAUCUGAUGAUUAUGUGUCUUGCUUAAGUAUGCAUAAGUAUGAUUUGCCCUGUGAUGUGAUUGUUUCUACGCCGGCGGGAGUCUCGGUGAAAACUUCUAAAGCAUGCUUGAAUUGUAUAAUUGAAAUUUGA